UUCUCCAGUCAACAUGGCUACCUCAAAAGCUCCAGAAGGGAGGCUGAAGAAAUUUAAGUACCAAAGCAAAGACAUAUCUCUGCAGCGACAACAGAGGAUUGCUUCCAGCCUACAACUCCGGAAGAGCAGGAAAGACCGACAGAUGCUAAAGAAAAGAAAUAUUACUCUAUACUUCCCUGAAGUGAUUUCUCAACCACUAGAUGAAGAGACCAACUUCACUCUGGAAGAGAUCGUCAAAGGGAUGAAUAGUUCAGAUACGACCCUGCGUUUACUGGCCACCCAUGCUGCCAGGGAAAUGCUAUCUCAGGAAAAUAACCCUCCUCUAAAUUUGAUUAUUGAGGCAGGGUUCAUUCCCAAGCUGGUGGACUUCCUGAAGAUGACACUUUUCCCCACCCUGCAGUUCGAGGCAGCAUGGGCACUCACCAACAUUGCCUCAGGAACGUCAGAGCAGACCCGAGCUAUUGUGGAAGGGGGUGCCAUUCAGCCCCUGGUUGAACUCCUCUGUUCCCCACAUCUGCCCCUGUCUGAGCAGGCAGUGUGGGCCCUUGGGAAUAUAGCUGACAAGUCAGACACACAGUUGCAGAUCUUUACUCCCAGCACUUUGGAGGCAAAGGCAAGUGACUGUGCAGAAUUCAGAGACAAUGUCAUUUGCAACAACGCCAUCCCACAUCUGAUCAACCUUAUGUCAACAAACAUACCAAUCACAUGUCUUCGGAACAUCACAUGGACUUUGUCCAACUUAUGCCGGAACAAAAAUCCAUACCCUCCCGAGGAUGCCGUGAAGCAGAUGCUACCUACCCUCUGUGAGCUCCUGACGCACCAUGAUAAUGAGAUCCUCUCAGACACCUGCUGGGCCCUGUCCUACCUCACUGAGGGCGGCAAAGAGUACAUCCAUCAUGUGGUGACCACCGGCAUCCUGCCCAGGCUUGUAGAGUUUAUGACCAGCUCAGAACUCAGUAUCUUGACCCCUUGUCUCCACACUAUGGGCAACAUUGUGGCUGGAACAGAUGAACAGACCCAAAUGGCCAUUGAUGCUGGCAUGCUGAAGGCACUGGGCCAGAUCCUGAAGCAUCCAAAGUCCUCCAUUCAGAAGCUUGGUGCUUGGAUCAUGUGCAAUGUGACUGCUGGGUCCCGAGACCACGUCCAGCAGCUGAUUUUGUGUGACCUGAUGCCUGUCUUGGCUGACCUACUAAGGAAUGCAGAAUUACAUGUCCAGAGAGAGGCUGUGUGCAUCGUGGCUAACAUUGCGACAGGGGCCUCUCAGUGCCAGUUGACUCUGCUUGCCCACUCGGGAGUCUUGGAGCCAAUGCUGAAUCUGCUCACUGUCCCAGACAUGGAUGUUGUCAUCGUCAUCCUUGACAUCACUUCUUAUCUCCUCCAGCAGAUAGACAGUCUACAGGAGAAGAAAAGGCUGUGUUUUCAGAUAGAGGAAGUUGGUGGCUUUGAAAAAAUUGAGUCCUUACAGCACCACCAAAACACUUACAUCAGCCAAAGUGCCCUGGACAUCGUUGAGAAAUACGGAUGUGUGGAUGAAGAUGAUGACAGUUUGCCCAGGCCCGGGCUUCGAGUGUGAAUACUUGGAGAACGAUGACAUUCCACACACCGUAUUUCGGCCAGAGUACCGAUCAGUCUUGGACUUCCUCAUGGCUUCUGGCGACAGCGCGGACCACGGACAUCCACAUGACGGACAUCCACAUGGCCUUUGGUGGCAGUGCCGAUCUUCGACAUCAGCUGAGCCCUCUGCCACAGCAAGAACCACAGAAAGCAUC